AUGGUGGAAUUAGUGUCUGCUAACAAGCCCUGUAGAUGGGGGGGGGUGGUGUGUCGUAAGGUGGACGGGGGGGGGGGGGGGGGGGGGGGGGGGGGGGGGGGGGGGGGGGGGGGGGGGGGGGGGGGGGGGGGGGGGGGGGGGGGGGGGGGGGGGGGGGGGGUGGGGGGCACCCAGGGCGUCAGACCUGUAUCACAACUACUUCCCCAAGGGGGGGGGGGGGGGGGGGGGGGGGGGGGGGGGGGCCGUGGGCCUCACAUACAACCGAACCAUUCUACAGCUCAAGCUCGUCAUCUCAACACGCUUCGGUCCCGCUAUCAGAAAGGUCAGAUUAACCGGCCGAAAAGGCACUAUGGACACUCAUGUCGCUAUCUCACUACUUCUCGAGUUCUUUUCUCUCGCACAACACACAAACUUCUCGUCUCUCGUCGCUAUGAUGUUGUCUUUGAUCGGGGGGUGAUCCGCACGAUGCAUAUUCCAAGCCCGGAAGACUCUAGUAAGUAG